UCCUUCGUCUUUGGGGGGGUAACGAGCGACGGUUGCAUCCAAACGAAGGGUCGGGUUUGGACGGAGAAUAUCGUGAGGUGUGGAUGGGUAAGGCCGGAAGGAUGAAAAUCAGAAGCAUAAGGCAGCGUGCGCCUUGGGGACGGAGCCCCGGGAGGAAUAAAUACCUGGCAGCGGCAACCGUAUCCUUGAUGCAUGACACUGCGAUUGCGAGUGAAUGCCUAUGUGUUAGGACCGGGAAUCCCAAAGCGCAACGCCCCGCAACUCUACUGUGUAGCAGGGCAGUUUGCUCGAGUGGGGGAGCCCUGCGGAAGUGUCUGUGACCCUGACCCCCUGGCGCAUCGUUCAAGGGUGUGGUGGGGCUCCAUCUGCUCGACUUGUCUUGGUUGUCCAGCCUUGCAGUGUCGAAGUCACUUUCAAGUCGUCUUUGCUUUGUCUGAGUGCCUGCCGCUUGGUUACCUGGUAAUCACUGUGGAAAUCUGGCGAGCCGAGUCACCGUCACGGCGUUUCUGCGGCAGGACCACUAUCUCCCCAAGCUCCCUCAGACCAUUUUCAUUGCUAGGUAUCAACUGCACAACACUUAGUGCCUUGAUUCAUUGCACUCUGAUCAUGCACGUCUUUUCCUGUAUUUGCAGGAUACGCACUUUGGUAGGUACCUUACCCAGGACGCAAUCUCCGGCCGUCCUUGGCGACGUUGUCCCUUGUUUUCUCCGCAACCGUUUUAGAAACCUGUGAUCCCCGCGAGUCAUCCAGGAUCCAGCUCCAGAACGGGUGGGCUCUAUGACGAUA